CUUAAGCAUGCACAUUCCCUGAAAUUGACCAACACCAUGCAGUCGGAGCAUCUAUAGACUACAUUAAUAAGAAAGAAAGAUAUAUAGAAUCAGUCUGAGAGCUAUAUAGAUGAUAUACAAUCCUUUUUUUGAAAUCUAUUCACAGUGUCAAGGUACCUAAAUACAAAGUUAGCAGAGCGACUCAUCUCAUCUUUCAAGAGUGGACAUACGUACGUCCUCAGUGGCAGUCUGGUCACAUGAUGCACCUCAUUCCUCAACUACUGAUUGUUACUCUGAUUCUCUCUGGUUUGAGAUUGGUGAUUUCGGAAACUUACUACAUAGCGCCAGAAAUUUCCACCCGUACAUUUAAUGGCUCUAGUAACAACACAUUUUCGCUCGAGCUACUUAUUCAACGAAACCAAUUUUCUAGCGGAGGCAGUAUGACUUUGAUUUUUCUACCAGGGAUUCAUCCUCUUAGUCGUUUUUUUACAGUACGAAAUUUCACAUUUGUGCAGUUGAUUGGAGAGGAUAAUUCAGUGAUACUAUUUAAGGGAAACAGUAGUAUCCAAUUUACUAGUAUCGGUCGAUUGAACAUUCAAAAUUUAAAUUUUACAUCUGAAAUUGGAACUACUUCGCAAGAAAAACUGACUAUUAAUGAUGUGGCAAACUUUUCAAUUUCGGAGUGCUAUUUCUCGAGAUUUUCUGAUAGCAGUCCUGCUUUACUCUAUAUCAGAAACACACAAAACACUUCAAUUGAUCGUGUUUCGUUCAAAAACAAUCUUGCUAGAGCUUUGUAUGUACAGUCUGGAAAUGCAGUAAGAAUCACAAAUAGUGUGUUCAAAAGAAACAGACAUGAUGUUGCUGUACAAAGAUGCGGUGGAUCAAUCAAAGUGGAUUCAACAAACAUUGUCAUAUCGAAAUGUACAUUUUUGAGAAACAAUGCAAGUUAUGGUGGAGCAAUUUGUGCCCUUCCUCAAUCUACUAUAUCUAUUUCAAACAGUGUGUUUGACCGCAACAGUGCUUCUAAAAAUGGUGGAGCUAUUUAUGUUCAUUCUAGUGACGCAUACAUAACUGAUAGUGAACUAACGAGUAACCGUGCAAUGUGGGGCGGAGCGUUAUCUAUCUUUGAUCAAUCUAAUGUGUCAGUUUCAAACAGUUCAUUCAAAAACAACAAUGGUACAAAAUCUGGUGGAGGAAUUUAUGCUCGUUUUAGUGAUAUAUAUAUUGCUGAUAGUGAACUGACCAACAACAGAGCCACGCAGGGAGGAAUGAUACUCAUCUUUGAUCAAUCGAAUAUGUCAAUAUCAAACAGUUUAUUCGAAAACAACAGUGCUUCCGAAUAUGGUGGAGGAAUUUAUUCUCAUUCUAGUAACAUAUACAUCGCUGAUAGUGAACUAACAAGUAACAGUGCGAAAUAUAUAGGAGGAGCAAUCUACGCUGAUGAGAGUAACGGCAAAAUAUUCUCGAUUUUCAAAUGCAACAUAACAAACAACAGUGCACACAGAUGGGGUGGUGGUGUUUAUUAUUAUGCCUGCAAUGCCUACAUCGUGAAAACAGUCAUAAAUGGCAAUAAAGCCGAUUGGGGUGGCGGUAUAAACAUAGAGUUGGGUACCCUUAACAUAUUUGAAAGUGAACUAACAGGAAAUCGUGGUAAUUAUGGUGCAGCUAUGUACUCCUAUUCGAGUGUGUCUAUCAGUGAUACUGUCAUCACAAAUAACGUAGCGAAAGCUGGUGCUUUAUUCAUUCAGCAAUCUGUUUUGACAUUCCGAGAUACCAAUGUUAUCAGCGACAACAGCAACAGCUCCAUAUAUGCUCUUAACUGUGUAGUUAGAUUUGAUGGACCAACAAAACUCAAUAAUAAUCACGGCAAUCUUGGUGGAGCCAUCUUUGCUGUACAGAGCCAAAUCUAUUUUAACGCUGAAAUUGGAAAAGUUUUAAUUGUCAACAACAAAGCUAAUUUUGGAGGAGGAAUAUUUCUGAGAGAAACCACGUUAUUUGUUCAUUAUCCAGUUCAAAUAUCUUUCAAUACUGCGAGUAAUGGUGGAGGUAUUUUCGCUUACCUAAGCAGUAUUAAAUUCGAAUCAGGUCUAGAUGAGACUAGAACAAGUAUGAUCACAAGUAACACAGCUUAUCGUAACGGUGGGGGUAUCUUCGCUAUUGCAUCAACCGUCACAAUUCUUCAUUUCUUCUUAUACGUGGAUAGGAACAAUGCGAUGUCUAAUGGCGGGGGAAUUUACUUACAGCAAAGUUCCAAAGUACAAAUAUUCAAGCAAUGGAAUGAAGACACGACUAGUGGAAUAUAUGUAAUGCUACACAUGGGAAAUAAUACAGCUCAUUCCGGACAUGGUGGAGGUAUAUACGUUGAUGAUAGUACAGAAAUCGGUGGUACUUGUAGAGGUGGGAUCACCAACGAAUUGGCUCAGAGUGUUUUCUCCGAAUGCUUCAUUCAAACUCUCAAUUUGUAUGACUUGACUCCUUAUAAUGGCACAGUUUUUGUAAACACAUUCCUCACAAAUAAUACAGCCAAGUUUGGAUCAAAUGUGUAUGGAGGUCUUCUGGAUAGGUGCACACUCAACCCUUUCGCAGAAUUCUAUACAGCUUCAAAUGGAUUGGAAUACUUUAGAAACACUGUCAAUUUUUCGAGUAAUUUAUCAGUUGCUUCAGACCCGGUUGAAGUAAGUUUAUGUAAUGGAUCCGAGAAAAGUAGUGUGAUUAUCAGAGGAGGUGUGCUAAAAAUUAAUGUUAUGGCUGUUGAUCAAGUUGGUAAUCCAGUUAAUGCUACAAUUCGAAGCUCUGUUAUCUCUAAAAGUGGUGUUGGUCGUCUCAAAGAAGGACAGACAGAACAAAGAGUUGGCAAUCAGUGCACAGAAAUAGAGUACAAUGUAUUCUCACAAGACAGCGCUGCUCAAGUGGAACUCUAUGCUGAUGGUCCCUGUGCUAAUCUUGGAAAAUCAACACAGAGUAUAAGUAUUACAUUUCUUCCUUGUACUUGUCCUGUUGGAUUCCAACAAACCAAUGAUACAAUCGAAUGCAUUUGUGACUGUGAUCCAGAUUUACAACAACAUCAAAUCUCCGAAUGUUCUCAUGAUCAAGAAACAGUUCGACUUGAAACUAACAUAUGGAUAGGAGUUGAUAUUAGCACAACACUCAAUAUGACAAGCUACAUAGUUAGCGACUGUCCAUUUGAUUAUUGUGUUGAGAAACCAUUCGAUGUUGUUCUUGGCAAUCAAAAUGAGAUAGACAGACAGUGUGACUACAAUCGAAGUGGUGUCUUGUGUGGAGAAUGUGAAGAGGGACUCAGUCUUGUUUUAGGUACGUCAAAAUGUUUGGAAUGCUCAAAUCUCUUCCUCUCCUUGUUAAUUCCUUUUGCUGUAUUAGGUGUAGCACUGGUUGCAUUCAUUCUCCUGCUUAAUAUCACCAUAGCUACUGGGACAAUACAUGGACUCGUUUUUUACGCGAAUAUAGUUGCAGCAAAUAGAGCAUUGUUUCUACCACGCGACACCUCAAAGUUUUUGAAAGUUUUCAUACAUUGGAUCAAUCUUGACUUGGGAAUUGAGACAUGCUUUUACGAUGGAAUGAACUCUCAAGCGAAAGUUCUUUUUCAACUUGUCUUCCCAGCUUACUUGUUUCUUCUGAUCUUUUUAAUAAUCAUUUUGAGCAAGUACUUUGACUCAUUUUCAAAGCUCCUCUCCAACAGGAACCCAGUUGCUGCUUUAGGCACACUCAUCCUACUCUCUUAUUCCAAACUUUUACGGUUUAUCAUUGCUGCAUUGCAGUCCACAGUUUUAGACUCUUCCCAUGGAAUGGUUUGGUCCUAUAAUGGUAACGUGCGCUACUUCAGUCGUGAACACAUUCCUCAGUUUGUUGCUGCUAUCAUAAUCCUUGCUGCUGGUGGAUUGUUUACUGUACUGCUGUUCUUUGGACAAUGGUUUCCUCUCUGUUCUGAACGGAAGCUCAUGAAAUGGACCAAAAACACAAAGUACAUUGGCUUCAUGGACGCAUACCACGCUCCAUUUACUCCCAAGCAUCGCUACUGGGUGGGAUUGCUCCUCUUAGCUCUGAUUAUCCACAAUCUAGUGACUUCAUUCUCACCAAACCCAUACCUACCUGUUAUAUCAGCUGGCUGCUUGCCAGUGGGAAUUAUUGUAUUCAAAGCAAUGCGGAUAAGAGUGUACAAAAAAUGGUGGAAUGAGUUUGCUGAAACAUUGUUUCUACUCAAUCUAAUUUUCCUAGCAUUUGGCACUUUGUACACUAACAUCAAAACUGUGAAUAGCACUGGUUAUGCCUUAUCUAAUAUUUCUGUGGGCAUCACAUUCGUUCUCUUUCUCGUGUUUGUUAUUGGCUACCAUGUUUACGAGUUUAUUCUCAAGAAAACCGGUAUCUUCCAGAAGCUAUCACAUUCCGUGAGAAAUGUAGCUCGUGACAAAAGGCAAUCUCAAAAUUUGAAUGGACAAGAAACGAACAAAUCCCAUGAAACGAUCAAUGCCAAUGCUCUCGACCUACCAGCAAGUUCCGAGUACCACUCUUAUGUCGAUGGAGACGGAAAAACCAUGACAUCUGCUCAGCUGAGACUGUCGUACAUUGAUGACCUUUCCCCAGUGGUUGAAGGUGACUACAUAAUAGGCCCUUCUUCUGAAUUUCGAUCGAAGGUCAGAGUAACACAUACAGUGGUUGAAUUCAAAAAUAUAACACUGUAAAUUGAAGAAUUAUUUAUUUGGAGGAUUGAUGUUUUGUACAUAUUAUUAUAAUGAGAGUUAGUAUAAUUUUUUAUCAUUAUAAUUAUGUAUCGGGUAUAUUUCGAUGGUAUACCGAUAAAAAGUUUGUGGAAUGACCGUUAGAAA